AUGUAUUGCCAGAAGUGUCGAACUUCCUUAAAACUGGAUGGUUCUAUCGAGUCACUCAAUCCAGCUGCGUUUGAGCUACUCGUCAGUAAGCUGCCCCUCGUUCCGGAGCUACGUGUUGAUCUAACCAGCUCCGCAGACUCCACAGGCCGAACACUAUCCGAUCAUGGCGCUGCUUCAUCUGCAAAUCGAACUUCCUACCCAUCAGAAAGACGAGAACUCUACGAUCGAACCUCAAAGCAUGCUACGCCACCAGUCUACAGGAGGUCUAUUCCGGGUCCACGGUCGGGGAGCCACAACCCUCCGGGGCUGCCUCGCGGUGAUAGCGGCAACAUGUCAUUCGUGAUGCUUACGGAGUCGCAAUUUGUACCACCAGCCGUCGAGAGUCUACCCGUUCGUGCAAAGCGCAAAAGUACUGGACAGAUUCAGGAACAUCCCCAGGAGGAAGGCUCAUUUGCAAACCAAAUCGAACGAACCACUCGUCUCUUUGAGAUCGUGUCCGCACGGUCGGAUAUCGAUCAUCCGAUAUGUGUGGAGUGCACCGAUAUGUUGGUGGAGGGACUACAGAAACGCCUCGCUGGGGCUACAAAGGAGCGGGACGCCUACAUUUCAUUUCUUAGAAGCUUGAAUGCGUCAGUUCCGACCGCGGACGAGCUAGCGUCCGCUGAAAGAUCUUUGAAAGAAAGCCUCGAAGCGGAAAAGGCAGCCUUUGCGGAGCUUGAGAGCCUGGAGCGAGAGAAAGCCCAGCUUGACAAAGAAAUUGCCGACCUCGAGGAAGAGUCGCAGCAGCUAGACGCCGACGAGGAAAGAUUCUGGCGAGCGCGCAACAGCUUUGCCCUGACGCUGGCAGAGUUUCAAACCGAACGGGAUGCGCUGAACAUGCGUUACGACCACGACUCGCAGCAGCUGGAGCGACUGCAACGGACUAAUGUCUACAAUGACGCGUUUUGCAUCGGUCAUGAUGGAUAUUUUGGGACGAUUAAUGGCUUGCGCCUGGGCCGUCUGGCCAACCCUUCGGUUGAGUGGCCCGAGAUCAAUGCUGCAUGGGGCCAGACCUGUCUGCUGUUAUCCACGAUCGCAGAACGUGUCGGCUUUCAAUUCCAAGGGUAUCGGUUGAAACCGCUGGGGUCCACCUCUCGGAUCGACAAGAUUGAGUAUCCCGUGCAUCCAACCGGACCAGCUGCCACUGAUCGAGUUGCACCCAAGAUUACCCAACUAGAUCUCUUCUCCUCGGGGGAUCUUCCGCUUAAUCUCCCCUGGCUGCAUCGCCGCUUUGACGCAGGUAUGGUGGCGUUCCUCGAGUGUCUCCGCCAGCUGGGGCAGUUCGUCGAAUCGACGCCCGCCCCGAUAGCAUCCCCUCGUCGCGGCCACACUAGCGCCACCGCCCCCGGGCUGCGACUACCCUAUGAGAUCCAACGAGACCGCAUCGGGGAUGCUAGCAUCAAGCUCGGGUUUAAUCAGAAUGACGAGACCUGGACUCGAGCCUGUAAAUACACUUUGACGUGCUGCAAGUUCCUGCUAGCGCAUGCGAGCAACGUUGCCAGCGCAGGAUCGAACAAUUCCGCUGUCGCGGCUGCAGCCGUGGCAGCUGCUGAGACUCGACCCAACCCCGCCAAGAGUCGACCCUGA